GAAACGUCCAAGGAAGACUAUCACCUGAUGCUACCUUUUUUUUUCUGUGUGGGUCUCAUUUGUAAGUUACCAUUUGUCUACGGGCGUAUCCACUCACAGCUCUUCGAACCUCUUCUUUACUCCAAUCAUAACAUCCGCGACACUAACCAUGAACCCGCAGCAUCAGCGCGCCAACUCCUCCGGGACACCCUAUCCAGCACCGACUGGUUACUAUCCGGAGCAACAGCAGCCCAACCGCCAGCAGCAGGGCCAGCAGAUCGUACAGCCGCAACACCAGCAGCCCAUGUACCCAGUGCUCCCUUCCAUGAACCACCCUCCGCCACCGCUGAUGCACCACCAUGACCCUGCGUUUGCACACCAUCAACCCAUGCAGCAGGCACAUAUGCAUCUGCUUCAAUCCUUCUGGUUGCGACAGAUGCAUGAGAUCCAAAACUUACCCCAAGACUUCAAAAUCCACCACCUUCCACUGGCGCGCAUCAAGAAAGUCAUGAAGACAGACGAUGAUGUCAAGGCCAAGAUGAUCAGCGCCGACGCGCCGAUGAUCUUUGACAAGGGAUGCGAGAUCUUCAUUACGGAGUUGACACUCCGCGCAUGGAUCCACGCAGAAGAAAACAAGAGGCGGACACUCCAACGAAGCGACAUUGCGGCAGCGAUCGCCAAGACCGACAUGUUUGAUUUCCUGAUCGACAUUGUCCCGCGUGAAGAGUACAAGAUCUCGCUUCCCAAGGAGCACAAGAUGCAGCACGGGAUCGCAGGACACGAUCGUCGUCGUAGCCAGGAAAUGUUUCAUCAGCCCAUGCCUGGACCCGCGAGCGCCACGGGACCCAAGGGACCGGGUGUGGCUGGUGCUGGUGUUGGUAGUGCGUUGGACGCAGGCAUGGGUUUGGAAGGAUACUACCCAUACGGUAUGAUGGACAAUAGCACGUAUACGCUGAGCCAAGAGCAGCAGCAACAGCAACAGCAACAGCAGCAACAACAGCUACAAAUGCAGUAUAUGAAUCAAGCACAGCAAUCGCAUCCCUCGCAGCAGCAAUACGAUUACUAGAUGCAAUAUGAAUGGCAAGGAACAGGCGUAUUGUCCACUCACUUGUAGUGUUAUUUAAAUAGCCUGCAUUCGAUAUACAGCAAUACAAAAAAACCU